AAGAAAUGACCGUGAUAAGGGCAUCAUGCCAUCAGAGCCCGCCAAGAAGAUCUCAUGCAAGAGAUGCCAAUAUCGAAAGCUAAAAUGCUCACGCACGGAGCCAUGCCAGAACUGCGCAACGGCUCAGCAGACUUGCGAGUAUCGAGAGGUCGACCGUAAACGACGGCCAGCGACACACGAAUAUGUCGUCAGCUUAGAGAACAGAGUCGCAUGGCUGGAGUCAUUCAUCGGUAAACUUCAAGCCGCGCCAAGCCCGGAGCGGGACAUCCUGCUAAAGACCGUCUCCUUCGGGGAUCACCUCUCAAUCCCGGAAUCAGCUGCAGUAGUGAGCGUGAGCGAAGAAAAGAAUCCUGAGCCAUCUCGAGACAGCAGCGAGAAUCUUCAGGUCGACCUUGAGGGUUCGCUCAUUUACCAUGGUGCGACGAGUAUCUAUCGCGCCCAUCUCGGGGUGCCGGCACGGGGCAACGCCUCACCCUCACGCGAGCUUUCUGCGAAUUAUGUCGUUGGUCCCGACUCAAAUUUUGAGCAUGUGGCAGAGCAUUUCGGAAUCAGCCUAUACGACGAACUGGUUGAUGAUGCAUUGAUGCAGUUCUUCAAAUGGCAGUACCCGCACUUCAUGUUUAUUUACCGAGAAGCCUUCUUGAGGGACCACUUUGGUGACCGGGUUCGCGGCAAGUAUUGGUCAUCGGCUUUGCUCCUGUCUAUCUGUGCUUUGGGUACACUUAUGUCACCGGACAAGCGCCACCGAGAUGCGAGCGAGCAGUUCUUCUCCGCUGCCGAGAGCAUACUCAUCGUCUCCGGCUUCACGAAACCUUCCAUCGUCACUGUACAGGGCUUCCUCUGCCUGGCAUUCUACGAGAUUGGAAGAGGAAAUCUCUCAAAGGGAUGGGGCUUUUCGGGAAUCGCGUUCCGGAUGGCGCAAGACAUGGGGUUUCAGAGGGACCCAAAACAUUGGGUAUCCCACGAUGCAUCGCUAGCUACCGAGGAAGAUUUGGAGAUUCGCAGACGCAUCUUUUGGGGAUGCUACACUUCUGACAAAUUGAUCAGCCUGAUCCUUGGACGAUCAGUCUAUCUUUUCUAUGAUGACGCAGAAGUCGAAACCACCAACAGGCUCCCAGACUUUCCAGAGAUGAAGCCCUGGCUCCCUGCUGGGUUUUCGGAUUAUGACGGGGGGUUCGGUGUCGUAAAUCCCCUCAUCCCAUGUUUCAAGGAGCAGAUCCGGCUUUCCAAGAUCAUUGAGAAGAUGCUUUCAAGGCUGUUCUCCACCAAGAGCAGCCUGGAGGGCAUUGGUCGCCAGUCGUGUCUCGACAGCCUCAACUUUGAGCUGUGUAGCUGGUAUGAAGCGUUGCCCGACUGUGCGAAAUGGAACAGAUGGGAACCACCAAGCACCCUGCUCAUCCCAAGCGUGGCAGCACUCCAUUUGCUCUUUCAUAGCGUCCGCAUUGCGCUAAAUUUCGAGCAAGCGGUGUCCCAUGACAUCUCAGCUCUGAAAGACAAUGCCCGCAAAGACUGCUUAUCGUCUGCGGAAGACAUCGCACACAUCGUACGGAAAUACCGCAGCCAGUACGGUCUUGGACACAGCCCUCUGAUGAUGAUCUACGGAGUUAUGCAAGCGGUGAGAACGCUGUCGUUAUUCGGCACGUCGGAAGAAGCUCAGUACUUGUUGCAUGUUUUGGACGAAUGCUCAUCUGCCUGGACGUUGGCCCACCAGGCGAGAGAUAGAUUGGCACGAGUCGAGGGGUGAGAUGCUGUUGCAACUUUCCACCAUCCGUUUGAUUUGCGUGAAGAGUAAAGCAGUCCAGCACCAUACCAGACCUUAGGAGGUAGCCCUCUACAAUUCGAACAUUUCAGUAGAGGGGCGAGAAACUGCACUAAUUAUGGUUCAAACUCCAAGACCAAUAGCAAGGGGGUCGGCGAUUCUAGACACAAUGGAUGCGAGUAAGUUUUAACGGUAUAGAAUGUCAUCAUUCUAGUACAAGUCAUAUCCUAUAUCUCUGAAAGUCCUCAGGGCAAGGGAAGGCCCGCCUCUAAUCCUGUCUUUAGGACACCAGCAAGCUUCUUCACGUCUGAGAUGUUGUUGUAGAAACCAAAAGAAACUCUGAUGCCCAGGCGGUAGGGCGUGACAAGCACACCACUCUCCUUUAAGAGAUCCAUCCACCUCGGGUCAUGCAAAUCCAGAAUGUACAAAUGAGGCGCAUGAUCCUUGCGAGCCGAGGACCCGACUAUCUUCACCCCGAGACUUCGGCACUCCUCUCUCAACACAUCACCUAGGCGGUAGAGGUGCUCCUGCACACGUCCGGGACCCAUGGAAUCCAGAUAAAACGUCAAAAACGCCUUUGCAGCCGCUGCACUGAUCAAGCUCAAAUUCAGAUGCUCGUAUCGGCGAGUGGAAGAGUGAUAUACCACCUCUUCGGAAGGGACCAACAGGUCAGCUCGCACGUUGCUGACGGCCCCGUAGCCGACAAUGGGGGGAGUGGGGUCGGUGUCGGCGAUGAACUCCGGGUUGACGUAGAGAACCGCGAAACCCGUCGGGCAGUUCAACCCUUUGUGCAAACUGAAGGCCGCCGCAGAAACCCCCAGAGCUCGGACGUCCACUUCUGCGAAGCCGACCUGCUGCGUGAGGUCUGCGAGGACGUGAAUGCCGCGUGGUCUGUAUGUUGCGCAGAUGUCGGCCACGUCGUUCCACUGACCGCUGUGGAACAUGAUGGAGCUGAGCCCGAUGGCCCUGGUACGCUCGUCGACAUACGGCGCAAAGGUUGCGGUGUUGGCGGCCGUGACGUGCCCGGUCUCUUCCGCGGUCGAGAUGGUGGGCACCUGUCGGACCUCGAGGCCGGCUCUGCGGAGAGCCAUCCAUCCGUAGACAUGGUUUGGGUGCUCUGUGUCCAGGACGACAACGUUGUCGCCAGGCUCGAAUCUGAGGCUUCGGAUGAAGCAUCCCAGUGCCUCUGUUGUGUCACGGGUGAAGGCUAGGGAGCUCGGGUCGGCGUUGAUGUACCGGCCGACUAAAGCACGAGUCUCUUCGACGGCGUUCUGCCAUUGAGGCUUUGGAUGAGGGUUGUAAAGGGCAUCGGAAGUGAACUUGGCGAUGGCGCCGUGGAUUAUAAGGUUUGAAGGGGGUUGGUAGGAGGCGUUGAGGUAAGUGAGGCUCUCGUCGGCCAGAAGAGGGACUAGAGACCGGAAGGUAGAGAAGUCGGCUUCCGAAGGAGGUCGAGGGGAUGAUUUGAUCGAGGUUGGGACAUCGUCCACAUGGUCUUGAACAGCACUAGGCGACAUGAUGAGUCUGAAUGGGUUGUAUAGGAGAAGAGAUCAGUAUGAUGAGAUUGAGGUACAGCGAUAGACUCGGCUCUCCGUCCUGAAGCUGCCGGCUUUUAUCGUCUCUUCAUGUUCCUAUAUCGGCGCCAACAUCCAGAAUGAUUUCUCGGCAUUCCGUCGAUGGCCCGAUAUGACCCUAUAGAACUUGACGCGUAUGAGUUUAU